CCCUUUCGGUUCGUCAAUAUCCAGAGAGAGAGAGAGAGAGAAAGAGAGAGGAAUGGCAGGCUCCGUGAAAGACCUGAAGUCGGAGGAUGAGCUUGCUAACGUACUCCGGGAGGGCGCACCUGUUAUUCUUCACUUCUGGGCAUCGUGGUGCGAGGCAUCCAAGCAGAUGGACCAAGUCUUCGCGCAUCUCUCCACCGAUUUUCCACACGCCCAUUUCUUCAGGGUUGAAGCAGAGGAACAACCUGAGAUUUCGGAGUCGUAUUCAGUUUCAGCAGUCCCUUAUUUCGUCUUUUGUAAGGAUGGUAAAACCAUUGAUACGCUAGAGGGUGCGAACCCGUCAAGUUUGGCCAAUACAGUUGCAAAGGUGGCAGGAUCCACCAACCUUGAGGCAGAAUCAGCUGCUCCUGCCAGCAUCGGAAUGGCUGCAGGACCCUCUGUCCUUGAAACAGUCAAGGAGCUAGCAAAGGAAAAUGGUUCUUCCAAAAUGGACAACUCAACACCCUACCUCAGCGACUCAUUGAAGAAACACCUGCAGCAGCUCGUCAACUCCCGCCCUGUCUUCCUCUUCAUGAAAGGAAGUCCCGAGCAGCCCAAGUGCGGUUUCAGCCGGAAGGUCAUCGAGGUUCUCAAGGACGAAGGAGUCGAAUUCGGAAGCUUCGACAUACUCACUGAUAACGACGUGCGUGAGGGGAUGAAGAAGUUCUCCAACUGGCCCACCUUCCCUCAGCUAUUCUGCAAGGGCGAGCUUUUGGGCGGCUGUGAUAUCGUGAUUGCUAUGCAUGAGAGUGGUGAACUCAAGGAGGUCUUCCGAGAUCACGGAGUUCUUCCCGUCGCCAACGGAGCAGAAGCCCCUGCACCAUUGUCAUCAGAAGUCUCUGGAAAGGGCGGUGUAUCAGGCCCCACCGGCAUAAGUGAUGAUCUGACUGCACGUCUUAAGGGCCUCAUCAACUCAAGCCCCAUCAUGCUGUUCAUGAAAGGGAAGAAAGACGAACCCAAGUGCGGUUUCAGCCGGAAGGUCGUCGACAUCCUCAACCAAGAGGGGUUAGAGUUUGGGAGCUUUGAUAUCCUCACGGACGAUGAGGUCCGGCAAGGCCUCAAGGUCUUUUCAAACUGGUCCAGCUAUCCUCAGCUAUAUAUAAAGGGUGAACUGAUCGGUGGGUCCGACAUCGUGUUGGAGAUGCAGAAGAGCGGGGAGCUCAAGCGGGUGUUGGCCGAGAAGGGAAUCGUCCCGAGAGAGAGUCUUGAGGACCGGCUGAAGAAGCUGAUAUCCUCGUCGCCAACAAUGCUUUUCCUGAAGGGCACGCCAGACUCACCCCGGUGCGGUUUCAGCUCCAAGGUCGUGGAGGCUUUGAGGGCAGAGGGCGUGAGCUUUGGUUCCUUUGAUAUACUGUCCGAUGACGAAGUGCGGCAGGGAUUGAAGACGUUCUCAAACUGGCCGACGUAUCCACAGCUUUACUACAAAGGGGAGUUGGUUGGAGGUUGUGACAUUGUGUUGGAACUGCACAACAGCGGUGAGCUCAAAUCAACGCUUUCCGAGUAGGUACUAUCCCAGCUAGCAGAGUAUAUGUUGUUGGGAAAUGAUACAAUACGCUUACUUCCUGCAGUACAUGCGUAGUGGAAUGUGGAUCAAGGUCGUCCAUCUAUUGGCCCUUACCAUGGAUGGACCAUAGUUCAAAGAUUCAACUUGAUUAGACAAUUCUAGCCAUCCAAUUGGUGGUGAGAAAGGGUAAAGGCGACCAGUUGACCAUCAUUGGGGUAUCGACUGCUAGAAUUUUCUGAUUAGUGUGGUUCUUGAACAGUCUUCCAUCCACAUGAGGGCCCCCUAGAUGGGCAGGUCGUGGUCCACCGCCUACUCUUCCAUGUGUGUGGUGGGAGGUAUGUUUUAUGGGUGUGUUACUAUACAAACUGCUGUAUUGCAUCUUUUCUCUCCGUCGUUAAAAAAAAUAUAUUGGAAAUCUUGGAUUUUGCUUAAAGAGUUUGCAGUUUCAAGACAUUUUCUGCUCAAUCUGAGCUGUUGAUUGACGGAUUAAUAUAGUCCAAACCAUAUGUUUUGCUCAUUCAUGGAAGUCCUAUCUAUUUGUGGGUCAUGCAUGCUUAGAUCUUGGAAAGAAGUGUUUAUCUAUAUAAAUGCAAUGCUGAAAUGUGUUUGUUGA